AUUGUACCAGGUAAUGUGUUAGAAAUGAAAUGAUGCCACAUUGAUUGAUUGAAAAUAAAAUGAUCAGGAAGUAGAGCAGAUCAUCUACUAAUUGUAAGGUUGGUGGUUUGAUCCCUGGCUUUUCUAGUCCAAAUUGCUCUCCAGUGCAUCUAUCAGAGUAUGAAUGUGUUUAAAUGUUAGAUAGAAAGUACUUGUGCAAGCAAAGUGUUUUCAUGAAUCGGUGGAUGAGCGGUAUAUAUGAACCAGUCGAUUUACAGAGGAAAUCCAAAGACACCCUGAAAAUCAAACUGAAAAAAGGUUGCAGUGGACUUGUCCAUUGUGCUCAAUUUUAUUUGCAGCAGCUCAGAAUGGUACUCAGUAGUUUCUGUGGCCCCCACGUGCUUGUGUGCAUGCCUGACAACACCAUGGAUGGUGUCCUAGAGGAUCUCCUCCUAGAUCUGGACCAAAGCAUUACUCAGCUGCCGGACAGUAAGGUACAACCUUAUGUUUGAUGGACAGAAUCAAAAAGUCUCAGAGGUGUUCCACAGGAUUUAGGUUAGGUGAGAGUGGGAGGCCAUGAGUGGUAUCUAUUAAUUCAUCCUCCAGGAACUGCCUACAUACCCUCACCACAUGAGGCCACCAGGAGGAAGCCAGGACCCACUGCACCAGAGUCUGACAGUGGGUCCAGGGAUUUUACCCGGAUACAUAAUUGCAGUCAGUGUGCCGUUGCCUAGCUUGAAGGGCCCACUAGAGAACGUUUGGUCAGAGACAUUCACACCAGUGACCCGCUGGAGGUCAUUUUGCAGCUCUGUCAGUGCUCAUCCUGUUGCUCCUUGCACAAAGGAGCAGAUCUGGCUGAGAAUUUUCUGCACCCUGUUUCUAUCCUCAGUGAUACAUUGUGAAAUCUUUCUCCCUCUUUUCAAAAUAGCAUCUAUUAGAUUCAAUCAGAUAAGUUACUCUGAUGUAAACACAGUUUACAUCAGUUUUAUGCGGAUGUAUGCAGUAAAAACACACUGAUGAUCUGUAGUGUGGUGAAGAAAAUGAUGAGUUGUAUCACAAAAACAGAGCUACAGUCAGAGAGCUGUUCUUAUUUUAAAUGUAUUCAAAAUAUUCUUAAUCAGCAUCAUUUGCAUUGUUACCUGAAGAUGAUACUGACACCUAUGAAUUUGCAUGAACGAUGGAGCACUAGAAAUAAUACAUUUGCAGAUGCAACUUUGGGAACAUGGAGACAAAUACAUUUUAACAACUGACAAUAAGACCAGUUAAAGUAGAGCACUGUAGUAGAACUGCUGGCACCGUGCCCUUUUAGCACAAAUGUGUUUAUUCAUUACAAGAGGGGAAAUAAAGGCUGUCACAGUGUUAUAUAAGCUGGAGCUACUCAAGUUGAAACAUUUGGCAUUAAAACUGCUGUCCUCUGUAGUGAUAUUGUUUUUUCUUUAUAUCUACAUGUUAAUUAAUCAAAAUAAAAUAAAAGAAUAUGUCUUUUCAUUGUUUGGAAUGCUGCAUAAAAAGGGAAUGUGAACUUUACUAGGAUUAGUUUUUUUUUCCGUUUACACUUAAUUUGCCAAUAUAAGUUACUGUAAUUCAGAUUUACAGUAUCAUAAUUCUAAUUCUGUAUUUGUUAUUUCUAUUUCAUAUAUUGAGAGGACAGGCACAGGCAUUAAUUAGAUAAUAGUGUUUGUAUCGGAAACUGCUGUAGAAUUUACAUUUUCAUACUGUAUAAAACACAGAAUGCAGUAAUUUGCAGAAUCAGUGACUUACUGUAUUUACUUCAGCUAAAGCAGUUUACACAUUCACCAAAAAAGCAAAAUAUCCCCAUUUCAGUCCUAUGAAGAGAUGCAAUUUUUUAACUAUAAAGCUUUUAUUGGUAAACAGUUACAGGAAGGUGUUUUGCAAAACUCUGAACUCAUUUUAUCAAAAUUCAUAAGUUCUGAGACUAAAAGAGGAAAAGAGAGAUACCACAGAUCCAAGUUGCAGAGUAUGUAGUGGCUGAUGAAGACGGUCAGACAGGCAGAGAUUAAACUGGCGACUUCAGAUCUAACGUGGUCACAUGCGCAGGAAACUUUAUGUAACGUUACACAACUUUAGAAACAACAACAGAAGCUGUUUUCAUCACAUCCUAUUCUUACAGACAGAGUAUUUAAUAUUUUCUGUGUACAUUAUUUUUAUGGUGUUGCAGCAUUUAGAUUUGUAGUUCUGUUUUUUUUGGUGCUUUCCUGGGUGUGUUUGCCUUUGAUGAAAUCAGGCAGCUGCAGUAAUGAGAUAAGCCACGUUUAAUAAGCAGGUUCCUUUCGAUACCCUGUAGAAUCAACCACGUUACUUAAUGUUAGCCUCAUAAGAAAUAAAGUGAGGCAGAGAAAACCAGCUAAUACACUGCAUCAGUACCUAGAUGAUUAAUCUGCCUAUUUCUACCCGACAAACUCUGCAGCAACAAUGACUGAGAAGAAAAGGAAGCGAUCUGUGUCUGUUGAGUCGUCCAGUGAGACUCCAACCAGUUCACAGAUGAGUACCACUCCCAGCAUGAGUGAGAGUGACAGAUCCAAGUUUGAGCCCCUCGGCUUUGAAAGUUCACAGUCCAUGGGACCUGGAUCUGCAGCGCCAAGCGAUAUUUCUUUAAAGAGUGACAGAUCCAAGUUUGAGCCACUUGGUUUUAAGACACAAAGUUCACAGUCGACGGCUUCGUCUGAGUCCAUGUCAUUGAAGAGUGACAGAUCCAAGUUUGAGCCACUCGGUUUUAAGACACAAAGUUCACAGUUGCCAGCACCGUCUGGGUCCAUGUCGCUGAGGAGCGACAGAUCCAGGUUUGAGCCACUUGGUUUUAGGACAAAGACACUAAGACCAGUAACUGAGAAGCCAUCCACCUGUCCGGUUUGCAAAGAUGUUAUGAAGAAUCCAGUUCAGCUUAGCUGUGAACACUGGUGCUGCAAACUGUGUCUCAGCUCAGACCUGGAUGAGUCUGAAUCACCAGCAGACUGUCCUUGUCCUCAGUGUGGGAAGAAAUCCAGGAAAACAUUAAAACAAGAGACAGACAAGGAGGGAGACACAGGUAAAAUGAAUCUUUUGGAGGCAAAGAAGAAAUUAAAAGAAGCAAUGAAAGUGAAAUUUUCCUCAGUCUCUGAAGGUAAUGGUGACAAGCCGAGUUCACUAAACAACAUCUACACAGAGCUUCAUAUAACCACUGGAGAGAGUGAAAGGUCACGUGAAGAGCAUGAAGCCAGGCUGCUCGAACAUAAACGGAUAAGACACACUUCAGAACAACAAAUAAUAAAUCUAAAUGAUGUGUUGAAACCGUUGCCUGGUCAAGACAAACCUCACAGAACAGUUGUCACAAAGGGCGUCGCAGGAAUUGGAAAAUCAUUUUCUGUGCAGAAAUUCAUUCUUGACUGGGCCGAAGAGAAGGAAAACCAGGAUGUAGAUUUUGUUUUCAGUCUUGCUUUCAGAGAGCUGAAUUUGAUUAAAGGAGACAAAAGCCUACAUGAGCUCCUGACUUUAUUUCACCCCACACUGUCUGAUCUCAAAGAUUCAGUGGAUUAUACCAAAACCAAGAUUGUUCUGAUCCUGGACGGUCUGGAUGAAAGCAGGUUUCAGCUGGACUUUGAAGGCAUUAAAACUAUAACAUCUGUCAUGGAAGUAACAUCUAUGAGUAAUCUCCUAGCAAACCUCAUGCAGGGUAACCUUCUUCCUGAUGCAAACCUCUGGAUUACUUCCCGUCCAGCAGCAGCCAAUCAGAUCCCUGCAGAACAUGUUGACAUGGUGACAGAGAUAAGAGGGUUCAAUGAUCCUCAAAAAGCUGAAUACUUCAGGAGGAGAUUUAGUCAUGAUCCUGGUCUUGCUGAAAGGAUCAUUAAACAUAUUCAGUCUUCACAGAGUCUCGACAGCAUGUGUCAGAUCCCGAUCUUCUGCUGGAUUUCUGCAGUGUUAUUCCAGGAAGUCUUUGGAGGAGACGUUGAAACUGAAAUUCCUCAAACUCUUACAGAGAUGAUGUCAUACUUCCUGUUUGCACAAACAAAGCGUAGAAGCAGGAAAUAUGACAAGAAGGUUGAGACAAACAAAGAAAAGCUUCUGAAAACACACAAAGAAUUUCUUCUGAAACUCGGCAAGCUUGCAUUUGAGCAGCUGCUGAAGAACAACCUCAUCUUCUAUGAGGAAGACCUGGAAGGCUUUGGCAUUGACAUUAAGGAAGCAUCCAUGUACUCUGGAUUUUGCACCACAGUUCUUCGGGAAGAAGAAAUCAUUUCCCAGAAAAAGGUCUUCUUCUUUGUGCAUCUGACUCUGCAGGAGUUCUUUGCAGCUCUCCACGUCUAUGACUGUUUCAUAAAUAAUGAUACCAGACAGCUCAGCAGCUUCCUCGAUCUAAAGAGCCAAGAACAUACAUUACUUGAUCUUUUAAAGGUGACAGUUGACAAAGUGCUGGAGAAGAAAAAUGGUCACCUGGACUUCUUCCUGAGAUUCCUUCUUGGCCUCCUGGUUGGACCCAAUCGCAGAGUCCUUCAGGGUCUGCUGACUCCACCAGAUCAAAGUCAAGAUACUGACAAGAAAAUCUUGACUUAUCUCAAGUCUAUGCGAAGGAAGAACCUCUCUCCAGACAGCUGCAUCAACCUUUUCCAGACUAUGGUCGAGAUGAGAGAUCACAAAGUCAAAGAUGAGAUUCAGGAAUAUCUCGAACUGUCAGAUUGUUCAAAAACAGAGUUGACUCCCCUGCACUGCUCUGCACUGGCCUACAUGCUGCAGGUAUCGAAGAAUGAUUUGGAAGUCUUGGACUUAAAGAGUUACAACACAUCAGAUGAAGGCAGACGGAGGCUGAUACCAGCAGUGAGGAGCAGCAGAACAGCCUUACUAGCAGACUGUAAAGUGACUGAAGAGUGGGUUGAACAUCUGGCCUUUGGUCUCACCUUCCCUUUCUCGCCUCUACGACAUCUGGACCUGAGCAACAAUGAUCUGAGAGAUUCAGGAGUGGAGCAGCUGUGUAAAGGACUGUCGAGUCAGUGCUGCAGACUGAAAACUCUGAGGUUAUCUGGUUGUCUGGUGACAGAAAAAGGCUGUGAGUCUCUGGUCUCGGCUCUAAAGUCAAACCCUUCACACCUGAAAGAGUUGGACCUGAGCUACAACGAUCCAGGAGAAACUGGAGCAAAGAAGCUCUCUGAGCUGAAGGAUGAUAAACAAUACCAGCUCAGCCAGCUCAAUUUAGAACAUGGUGGAAGUCACCGGAAGAAACCAGGGUUCAAGAAAUAUGCCUGUGAGCUCACUCUGGACUCCAGCACAGCUCACAAGAACCUGCUGCUCUCUGAAGGGAACAGAAAGGUGACCUGGGUGGAGGAGGAGCAGCCGUAUCCUGAUCACACAGAGAGGUUUGAUCGCUGUCUGCAGGUUCUGUGUGAACAGGGACUAAAAGGACGCUGUUACUUUGAGUUUGAGGUGUCAGAGCAUUUCUGUGUUGGGUUAACAUACAGAAAUAUUGGCAGGAAAGGGGAUGUUGAUGCCUGCAAGCUGGGACACAAUGACAAGUCGUGGUGUCUGAUUUCUGCUGAUGAGGGUUUUUUUGUUCAGCACAACAAAGAGAAGGUCUGUGUAACUUCUCAGGCCUUGCGCUCCAGUCGGGUCGGGGUGUAUCUGGAUUCGGAGGCCAAAAGUUUGUCCUUUUACAGAGUUUCCUCUGACAGUCUCGUCCACCUCCACACCUUCAAAUCAACCUUCACUGAUGUUCUCUACCCUGCCGUUGCUCUUCACACUCAUUCAUCUGUAUUGUUUUGUCAGCUAACAUAGAAACAUCUCUCACUGCAGGCAGGUUAACAGCCAAACGAGUAGAUUUUCACAGAAAUAGGAGCAAUUACUAUCUAUGACUAAACCUUAGUUAGUUAGUGAGUCCGGUCUAAACAUUGCUCCCAGUAAUCAUUUCUUUUCAACCGGAGAAAAGUAGAUAGAGAAAGACCUGAAAUCUAGAGAGGCAAAUAAAGAGGACCAACACACCAGCUUAAUGUAGCCCUGUUGAACCAGAACAUGGAGCCAGAACAUGGAGACACGUUAGUGCUGUCUUUGAAGUUUGAGGUUUUUUUAUUAUAUAUAGAUGUAAACUACCAUGUAAGUACCUCUUUAGGUUGAUAAACCUGGGAGCUGUAAGAGGUUUGUGUUGGCAGAUUUUUGUCUGUUCUCGGGAUCAAAUCAAGGAUAUUUAGGAAGUUGUGUAAACCAAAUGUGCGGUGAUGCAGACAGAAAAGUGGAGCUGCGUAUAUGGAGGGGAGACAGACAGACAGAGACUGCAGGCAGUUUACUUCCCACUUAUUCUGUCUUUUACUUCAUUGUUGUUAACAAUAAUGUUUAUUUGGCUAUUUUAAUGUGUACAAGUUUAAUGGGAAUUGUAAACUAAGACUUUUAUAUGGUUUUGUUGGGGUUAUUUGUUAAAGAAACUGGUCAGCAUUUUUUGUUGGGAACACAGCACCAGAAAGUGUGUGUUAAGACUUCACACUGAUAGAAAUGAUAGUAAAGUAAAAACAAGUAACACCUUGUUGAACUGGGAAAAAAAGUGAGGUGGGUCUAAUGGGAAGUGUUUCUUAGAACAGCCCUGUAAUAAUAGACACAUUAUAUGACUGAAUAGAUUUAGCUUAACACAUUAACAACAGCUAUUAAAAGUUGAUGCUGACUGAAUACUUAUUGUCUAUUAUUAUCCAAUUAAACAAAAGUAAACAAAAGUUGGAAGUAAAACCAAGUCAACAAACUUGAAAUAUAAGGCUCAGACCAAAAGUUAUAAAAAUGGCAGCAGCAAAAUAAAAGCCUCAAAAUCCAGGAGGUGUUUUCUGUGGGCGACUAUAAAUAUCUCUCCAAAAAGCUUCUCCUAAAAUAAAAUUUUUAACCGUUAAAUUAAAUACCAAAGGUGUUCUUAUCCAAUGACCCAAGCUGCUAAAAUGAUUAUUCAUGAAUUUAUCCUUUGCUUUGUCCACCAACAGUAUUUUGUGUGAAUUCUGUGUUUGUAACUAUUUUAGAAGUUCACUUUAAAGUUUGUUGUUACAUUUUGUUGUUUAGAGAUGCACUGUUUUCCACUGCAUGUGUUACAUCAUUAACUAUGUUUAACAGUAUAACGUCUAUAUGCACGUUAGCAAAAACAAGAAAGCACUUUUUAUCUACUUGAGCAGUGUUUGAAAUUUGCAUCUUGUGGUCAAAAAUAAAUCCUUUCGUAAUGAGAUGUGAUAUAUUAACAGCAAAUAAGAUCCAGGUUUCAGCACUUUAAAAGCAGUAUGUGAGUGAUUUAAUAGUUCAAGCUGUUCUCUCAGCCUGAAGUAAAAGUUGAACAGUCAGUGAGGUGACAGACUCUUUAUGAGGAAGAAAUACUUUGGCAGCAUUCUGUUACAAUGGAUUACUCCAACCACUCAGGCCUGCAGAAAAAAUAAAUUAUCAUAAAAAUGGAUUAUUGACAAAGUAGUGAAAGGUAAAAUUUCAUAAAGUUAAUGAGGACUUCUCCAAAUGUGGACACACGAUCCUUUCCCCCACCCAAUUAUAUUUGUAUGUUUUAUGAUCUGCUUGCUGUCAGCUUCUGCUGCUCUGUGUAGAUUGAGCUGAGAUCGGUUUAGGGGAGAAAAGCCAAAUGAUAUGAAAUCAUUUUCUUUAAAUGCUUCUUGUUCCACUUUUUAUUCUUCUUCAAAGAGUAGCUUUCAGUUUAAGUGUCUCUUUCUUUGAUAUUAUUAAAAGUAUGUAAGUAAGAUAAAUAUCUUUCCACAUUACCUGCUGUAUUUUUUUACUGUGUGCAUUUCUUGUACCAGUUAAAAAUAAACCAUUAGAUUCCUAAAA